AUGUCGAGUUGUCAGUCCACCGGAAAGAUGCCGGAAGAACGGCUCAGCAUUCCCGGACGACCAAGCUGUUCAAAACCUGAAGAUGAACACUUGGUGGAAGACCUUUUCUUCAAGACAAAUAUUAGAUUUACCUUGGUUGGAAAACAAUGUCUUCUCGGGGUGGAUCAUCAAGGACAUUGCUGUAGGUGUAAUUUUUUCAUUUUCAGUUUUACUUGGUUUCAUUAUUUAUGGGUUUUUCUUCUCCGAUCUACAGCUUGUUGCUGGGCUUUUGCAUCUACAGAAGCGAUUACUGCAGCUCAUGCUUUUAAGAACAAAGAAACAAUACCAUUGUCGAAGCAACAACUUGUUGAUUGCAUAUUCAUUCACUAUAAAAAACCUUCAUGGUUUGCGGAUUUGGGACCGAAACAGUGUUUUCCAUCUUCCUGUACGAAGGCCUAUGAGUUUGCUACUGAUUUUGGAAUCGUUGAAGAAACGCAAUAUCCAUUUACUGAACAAAGAGGUGACUGCAAGGGACCAUCACCUGGAGUGGUACGUAUUGUUCAGUACUAUAGUACUAUUCCUUCUGUUCCAUUUUGUGUGACGUUUUUCCGAUUUCGAUAUUUAAAUAAAAGUCUAUUUUUUAUCUUUUAUCGUAAGUGA